CAGUAAAACCACAGCUUCUUGAUCAAGUAUAGCAUCGCCUUCCGCGUGUAUAAUCUCGAGUUUUUAUUAAAAAUAUCCGGUAAAAUUUAUACUUACUCCAGUAAUCAAAAAGAAGAAGUUCUGUAUAGCUCAAGGCACCAUAUUAUGCACCUCAUUGUCCGAAAGAAACACAUUGGUUAGUGCAAAUUGUUUUAUAUCCAUUUGCUGUCAUUACAGAAACUGAAGUAAUGUGACUGUUUCAUCGUGAAAGGAUGGUGUGUACUUAGGGAUCAGAUUGAGAAAGUGGGGGUGCAACACUAGAGCAGUAGGAGCCAACAGAGAGCCGGGAGUGGGUAAUUGAAGCAUUCUGCUCAAGGUACUAUUGGAUCUCUCUCUCUUUAUCAUCUGAACGGAAGGACAAUAUGGUUUGCAGAUUGAAAGAAUAUCAGGUUGUUGGACGUAAACUCCCUUCUGAGCAAGAACCUGCUCCUAAGCUCUACCGUAUGAGAAUCUUUGCUCCUAACGAAGUUGUUGCCAAGUCUCGUUUCUGGUACUUCUUGAAGAAGCUUCGUAAGGUCAAGAAGGCCGCUGGUGAAAUUGUUGCCUUGAACCAAAUUCACGAAAAGCGCCCUGAACAAAUCAAGAACUUUGGUAUCUGGAUUCGUUACGAUUCUCGUUCUGGCACCCACAACAUGUACAAGGAAUACCGUGCUAUGAGCCGCGUUGAAGCCGUUGAUACUUGCUAUCAAGAUAUGGCUGCUCGCCACCGUGCUCGUUUCAGAUCCGUUCAAAUCAUUCGUGUUGCUGAAGUCAAGGAUGCUGAUGUCCGUCGUCAAUACAUCAAGCAACUCUUGGCUCCCAAGCUUUCUUUCCCCUUGCCUCACCGUAUUGUCAAGGCCGACAAGAAGCACCGUGCUCUCUUCAUCGCCAAGAGACCCACCACUUUCUACUAA